AUGUCUAACUUCAUCAAUGUAUUGAACAAAAUCGCCAUCCCGGCUAUUGUUGGGAUCUCCCUCGCACAAUCCGCCAUCUACGACGUCCAGGGUGGCUCCCGAGCUGUCAUUUUCGACAGAAUGUCGGGUGUGAAGCAGACCGUCGUUGGAGAGGGUACCCACUUCUUGGUUCCGUGGUUGCAAAAAGCGAUUGUCUUCGAUGUACGCACCAAGCCAAGAAAUAUCACCUCCAGCACCGGGUCCAAGGACUUGCAGAUGGUCAGUUUAACCUUGCGCGUGUUGUCGCGCCCAGACGUGGUCAAGUUGCCAACCAUCUACCAAUCCUUGGGCUUGGAUUACGACGAGAGAGUGUUGCCAUCUAUUGGUAAUGAAGUCUUGAAGUCCAUCGUGGCGCAAUUCGACGCCGCUGAGUUGAUUACCCAGAGAGAGGUUGUGUCGGCCAGAAUCAGACAGGAGUUGUCCCAGAGAGCUGAGGAGUUUAACAUCAGAUUGGAAGACGUCUCCAUCACUCAUAUGACCUUCGGCCGCGAGUUCACCAAGGCUGUUGAGCAGAAGCAGAUCGCCCAGCAGGACGCUGAGAGAGCCAAGUAUGUGGUUGAGAAGGCCGAGCAGGAGAGACAGGCCUCUGUUAUUAGAGCCGAGGGUGAGGCUGAGGCCGCCGACACCAUUUCUAGAGCCUUGCUGAAGUCCGGCGAUGGCUUGUUGUUGAUCAGAAGAUUGGAGGCGUCUAAGGAAAUCGCCGCCACUUUAGCCAGCAGCGCCAAUGUCACCUACUUGCCAGGCGGCAGCAAUGGUGCCAGAGAUUCCAGCAACUCUUUGUUGUUAAACGUUGGUCGUUAG